AUGUCUGCCGCCACUUUGUGGAAAAACUAUAAGCUGGAUGAUGUCAUAAACAGGAUGAUCUAUCAGAGAUUCCCCGAAGGCAACAAAAUAGUGUGUAACAACGCCAAAAUGGUCAUUGAAUCCACAAACAUGUUUACGAAUGACCAAUACACACUCCCCCAAUCUGUAGACGUUCAUAUUCGUGAACUCUAUCCUAUUCUACAUCGAAUAAAAUCGGAAAGUAAAUCACUAUCUGUCCAAGAACUGGGAAAUAUGGCACAUUCGCUGGAUACUAUACGUUCAGCUCCAACUGAUAUACAUGGAACUUUCGAUAUGGACUGUAAAACUCCUAUGCAUAAUUAUGACACAUUCACGAAUAUCGAAGAUAAGGGGGAAUAUAAUAUCGAGGAAUUUCGUAGUAUGGAUUGUCACGGAGGAAAUAUGUUUGGUUAUACAAAUACCAAUGGGUCCCCCUCAAGCGACUCUAUCUAUAAAUUAGAUUUUAAUACGCCCAUAUUUAGAGAUGGACCUCAAUAUAUCGGUGCUGGAGGGUAUACAGGUGAAAUGCAGAAAUAUGAUCCAAGUGAUUUUGAUUUCAAAGAUGAAUUCCUAACCGCAUUUCAACCUGGAAACGAAUAUCACAAUGACUACACUACUCUGGAAACUCCUGUGGCAAACACGAGCAAGAUAAAUGACAAUUUUAACAGCGACACACUGGUUUCUUCAUUCGCAUGGGAGCAAAAGUUAAAUCAAAACACUAAAGUUAGUGCGACCCCAAACAAUCUCUUCUCUAACACUGGUUAUUUCGACAAUAAACCAAACACAAUAUCGGACUCUGUUAACAGACCUGGCAAUCUUUGGAAUGAAUCAGAUAGCUUUAAUUUCCGUUCUAACUUUAAUCCAGACUCGCCCAUUAGGUCAAUAAAAAAUGAUUUGGACAUAAGGUUCCCUUACGUAAGCACACCUACUCCCCAAAGGUCUUAUUUUAACUACAUAUAA